AUGCCGCUAGCGGCUGCUUCUGGUCCAUCUGCUGCUCCUUCCUCCGCCCCCGGAGCCCGCGUGCCCGCGCCCCAGGCUGGGAGGCUCUCGGGCUUCAAGCUUAGCAAGAGGAGGGUGGACUACACCGCGGUGGUCCAGCCGACGCCUGCGGCGAGGAAAAGGAAGGAGGAGGCGGUGCUGCUGCUCGGGACCAGCCUGCCUGCUCCGGCUGCGUCUUCCUCCGUGGAGAAGGGCAGCAUUGGUGCUCAGGAGAAGCAGGCCGCCGCCCAAGCCGCAGCUGCUCGCGAAGUGGUGCUGAAGGAUGCCGAAGUCGCCCAGGAUCGCUGCCGAGGGCUGGAGGCCGAGCUGAAGACCCUGCGUGACAAGCGUGCAGAAGAAGCUCGUGGCCGCGAGGCGGAGGAGGAGAAGAUGAAGGCCCGGGAAGACGCCAUCAAGGGUCGCGACGCCGAGCUGGAGCAGUCAGCGAAGGCGCAGGCCGCUGAGCGCGGCCGGCUGGAGGAACUGGAGCAGAAGGUGAAGGCGGAGAAGGCCGAACUUGAUGCCAAGGCGAAGGUUUUGUCCGAGGACCACGCGGCCUUCGCGCUCCUCGAGGAGAGCCACCUCCAUCUUCGUGAUCUUGCUGCCCACCUUGACGAGCUGCUGGAGCCUGUGGACGAUGAGCACUGCGUAGCCGCUGCCGCAGCCAUGAAGGGUCAGGUGGAGGCCCUGCUGAAGAAGUUCCACGCCUUCGCUCCCGCGCCUUUGACCAGGAGUGCUACUAAUCCUGCAGCCCCGGCCGGUGGUACGGGUGGAGGCGACGCCAUCAAGGAAGGAGCGCCUCUUGCGGGCGCCAGCAGUGUCCAGGGAUGA